AUGGGAUCGAACGACUCAACCGAAAAUGGAUCAAAGUUCAUUUUGACGGCGAAUGCCCUCAACAAGGCUCUCCCUGAUAUGAGCAUGGCCACACGAGCAGUCCACGCUGAUGAUUUCGUCAGUCCCCAUCGCGCCAUUGCUCCCGCAAUGCACGUCGCGGUCAACUUUCGCUAUGCGAGAGAUCCCAAGGACCUAGUCCCGGAGGAGAAUAAAGAUCCAAAUAACCCUCAUGAUUCACAUGUGUACUCCCGCUACACAGCGCCCAAUUCCAGUCGCUUGGAAAUCUUGCUACGCAACAUUAUGGGCGGCGAAGUUAUUACCUACUCAACUGGUCUUUCUGCCUUCCAUGCCAUGUUUAUUCUCAUCAAUCCAAAAAGAAUCUUUAUUGAGGAUGGAUAUCACGGGUGCCAUGGUGUUCUCGAUAUCAUGCAGAGGUUGUCUGGGGUUCAGAAACUAGAUCUGUCUCAACUGGACCAAGCGGGUCCAGGCGAUAUUGUACACGUGGAGACGCCUCUCAACCCGACUGGAGAGGCCAGGAAUCUGGCAUAUUAUCGUGAGAAGGCAACCGAAAAAGGUGCCUAUCUGACCGUCGAUGCUACGUUUGCGCCCCCUCCGCUUCAGAAUCCUCUGGACCUUGGCGCAGACAUCGUCAUGCAUAGUGGCACCAAGUACGUCGGGGGCCAUUCAGAUAUGCUUUGUGGCCUUCUGAUCAUUCAUCCCGACCGAGUUGAGAAAGACGGAUGGUUGAAGAAGCUACACAAGGAUCGCCAAUAUAUAGGCAAUGUUAUGGGUAGCUUGGAGGGCUGGCUCGGUAUCCGAUCUGCUCGGACGAUGCACCUUCGGGUCACCAAACAGGCGCAGACGGCAGAGAGGUUGGCUCGGUGGCUACAUGACCAGCUGAAGGAUCAGAAUAGUAUUGUUGGUCAAGUGAUAGAUCGGAUCAAGCAUGCAUCACUCCAAGAAGAUGACUUGAAAGACGGGUGGCUUCGAAAGCAGAUGCCUGGAGGCUUUGGACCCGUGUUCUCAAUCUGGGCCAAAAACGCAGCUUUCGCCCGACAACUUCCAAGCCGUAUGUUUAUUUUUCAACAUGCGACGAGUCUGGGUGGUGUGGAAAGUUUGAUGGAAUGGCGGGCGAUGAGUGAUGCCUCAUGUGACGACAAGUUGUUGAGAAUCAGUUGCGGUAUUGAGGAGUUUGAGGAUCUGCGGGCCGACAUCCUACAGGGCCUGGAGUCGCUCUUGCCCAUCUGCCACUCUUAG